AUGACGCUCUCGAGCUCCGAGUCAAGUAUUUUUAGCGAAACAGACGACGAUAGUUACAAUGAAGAAGACUACACUUAUAAUAGAGAGGAAAAUAUAAAGAACAUAAAAAUCUAUAAUAAAAUAAUAAUAAAAUUAUUUUUAAAAAAUCGAAAAUAUUAUGAACAAAUAAAAAGCAUUGCAUUAGGAUAUAUAAGUAAAAUAGAAGAUAUUGAAUUUUGUAAUGUGCAAAACAAUGAACAGGACAGAAACGAGCAUAUAUAUAAUUUUUAUUUUGAUGCACAUGAUGCUAUUGAAUAUGGAGAGAACAAAUUAAUAUAUUACUUGCAAAAUAGUUAUCAUAAGUUUAUGGAUGUGAUAAACAAUUAUUCGAUUCCUCUUUUUUUUCGGAUUAUCUUUCUUAGUUGUUACUUUGAAUUCUUGAAUAAUGAAGAAAAUGAAAGAAACGAUUAUGAUGACAAUCAAAAUUGUGGUGAAAAUCAAAACUAUGGUGAAAAUCAAAAUUGUGGUGAAAAUCAAAAUUAUGGUGACAAUAAUAUUUGUAAUGAAAACGAAGUAAAACAAAGGGAUGAAGAAAAUAAUAAAGAUAAUAACAACAAUUUUGAUAGUAAUGUUUUACAUUUUCAUAAUAUGACUACAUCUCCUUCUAAAUGUCUUAAGGAAGGUUUUGAAUUAUUUAGAACAAACGAAAAUAAUAUGUAUGAAAAACAAAAUGAACAAUUUUGGCGCGAUAAGAAUGAGGAAUAUGAUAAUAUAUACAAUGAAAUAUAUUUUAAUGAUAAAGAUAGUAUAAAUAAUGAUGAUACGAAACAAAAAGAAACAACCACAUUAGACCAUGUAAGAAAGGAUAAGGUUAAAGAAAAUGAUAUGGAUUAUUUUUUUAAUAAUUUUAUAGAAUAUGAUUUUUGUAAAGAUAAUAAUGUUAUGGAACAAAUAGAUUUAUAUAGUUCAUGUUUAAUUAAAGGUAUUUUAUAUUCUUAUAUGAAAUAUAGUUUUUUAAAAAAAGAAGAAAUAAAAUUAAAAAUAAAUAAUUGUUUGAAAAUGAUAUUUGUUCGACAUAAUAUAAAGAUUAAAUGCCGACUAAUUAAUAUACCUUACUUACAUGAUAUUCAUAUAAAUAAUAUACAAGAAAUUGAGAAUAAGCAUAUUGGUAAAUUUAUAAGUACAGAGGGUAUUAUAACAAGAGUAGGAGAGAAGAAAAUAUUGGAAGAAAGUAAAAAAUAUAGAUGUAUGAAAUGUGACUAUGUAAUUAAAAAGAACGCUGCUCCUGAGUUAUAUUAUAACACGGAAACGUUUUUUCGAUGUCCUAAUAUUAUUGUAAAUACGAAAAAAAUGGCCUCUGGUAUUUUGUACGAUAUAAAUGAUAAAAUAACGAAUGAAUUUAUCACUAGACAAAUGGAUAAGAAUAAAAAGAAAGAUGACAAUGUCGAUGAUAAUUUUCAGGAUGAUAAUGAUAAUAAUAAUGAUAAUAAUAAUAAUGAUAAUAAUAAUGAUAAUAACAAUCAUAAUAAUAAUCAUAAUAAUAAUAAUGAUAAUAAUAAUAAUGAUAAUCCUCUUUAUAGUAAUAGAACUAUGCAAAAUGAGAAAGGGAUAUAUGUUAAAAAAAUAUGCAAUAGCACCAAUUUCGAAUUUAUGGAGAAUGAAAUUAAGAGGGUCGAUUAUCAAGAAAUAAAAAUAAAAGAAACUAGUAAGUCGAAUAUACCCUAUUCUAUAACGGUUGUACUUUUAGAAAAUUUAGCUGGAAAAUAUCACCCAGGAAAAAAUGUUAUUAUCAACGGUAUUGUUUUAAGAAGAUGGAAGAGGUUGUAUAAAGAUAUAAGAUGUGAUUCUGAAUUAUUUAUUGAGGCCAAUUAUAUCGAAAUAAAGGAAUUAGAACAGGUCAAAAUAAAAGAAAUAUCUUUGGAUGAUGAUUUUUCUAAAUAUAUUAAUUCUAUUGUGAGCAAGACAUGUUUGCAUGAUCAACAAGAUAUGUGUUAUGAGAAUCAGGGAUUUAUUGAAAAUGCAUCAUGUGAGGGAAAUGAUAAUUUGUGCGAGGAGAUGGGAUACAACAUGUGUAAUAAUAAGAGGGGUGAUACAAAUGGUGUUAAUAAAAACAUUUGUGAUAGUAAAGGGGACGACUCGUCCAUUUUGAAGGACAUAAAUACACUUGGUCAAAAUGACAAGUAUAAUCCUAUCAACACAAGAUUAAUUACACAAAAUAUGAAGGAAAAAAAUGAACAUAUAAAAAAUUUGCAGCUCAAUAAUAUAGGUUUUACACAUUUAAAUAGUGUAGAUAAAAGACAGAAUAUUUUUGAAAAAUAUUGGUUUUUUUUUAAAAAUAAUAAAAUAGAAGGGAAAAAAUAUAUUUGUGAAAGUAUAUGUCCAAAUUUGUAUAAUUGCAAAUUGUCUAAAUUAUCGAUAUUACUUGUUUUAAUAGGUGGGAACAAGAUAAAUAAUGAGUAUGAUUCUUUUUAUCACGAAAAUAAUAAGUGGACUAAAUAUUUUAGUAAGAAUUAUAAGAAGAGUAAAAAGAAAAGCAGUACAAUAAAAAAUGUAAGGAAUAAUAUUAUAAAUAUGAAUGAAGAGAAUGAAAUGGUCGAGGAUUCUCUAGAAGAAAUGGAUGAAAAAAAAACAAGAAAAGAAAAAGAAUAUGAAAUAAACAAAAAUGAUAUAUGUCAAAAAAAAAAUAUGUACACCUUGUAUGAAACAAACAACAUAUCUAAUAUAAAAUAUGGUCUAAUGGAAAGUACUAAGGAGAAGAGAAAAAGGAAGCAAAAGCAAAAGCAAAAGCAAACAAAAUUUGAACCAGAUAAUUGUGAUAAAAGAACCCUGUGUCAUUUAUUAUUAGUUGGUGAUCCAGGUACAGGUAAAUCACAAUUAUUAAAAGAAGUACAAAAAUUAAGUAACAUAUGUGUGAACGUGUCAGGAAUGUUUUGUACUACAGCAGGAUUAACAUGUGCAGCUAUUAAAGAAGGAAAUAGUUUCAUGUUAGAAAGUGGUGCAUUAGUAUUAGCUGAUAAUGGAGUUUGUUGUAUUGAUGAAUUUUGUUUAAUGAAGAAUGAAAAUAAGAAUGCUAUUCAUGAAGCUAUGGAACAAUUAAGUAUUUCAGUAGCAAAAGGAGGAAUAGUAGAUAAAUUAAAUUGUAGGUGCACAAUAAUUGGUGCUUCAAAUUUUGAGAUAAAUAAAGAUAUGAAAGGAAAUUUAUCUAACUAUGAUAGUAAGGUUAUUAUAAUUAACUUAUCUUAUGCUUUGCUUAGUAGGUUUGAUUUGGUGGUUAUAGCUGAAGAUAAUAGUCAAAUAGAUUAUAAAAUAGCGGAUUAUAUUUUAUCUCAAGAUGUGGAGGUAAAAAAGGGUCUUGACAAUGAAGAUGAUAAUCAUAAUAAUAUGAAAAAUAAUGUGAAUUAUAAUAUUAACAAUUGUAAGAGUAAUAAUACGUGUAAUAAUUAUAAGGAGACUAGCCACAUGGGAAACUUACCCGAAGGUUGUAUGAACAAUGGACAUAAAAAAUUAAAUGAAAAUAUUUCACAUAAUGAACAUGUAGCACGUGACAAGAUGAUAUUAUCUCCUUUCAAUUCAGACCAUGGUAAUCGAGGCAAAUUUGGAAAAAAAAAUAAAAUAACAUGGCCAAGUGAAAAAUUAAAAGAAUAUAUUAAUUAUGUGAAGAAUGGUUAUUUCCCAAAUUUUGAUAAAAGUUCGAAAUUAAUAUUAAUUACAUACUAUUCAACAUUAAGAAAAUAUAACAAUGGUGAUAAUGGAACGACUGUGCGAACCUUAGAAAGUUUAAUAAGAUUAAGUGAAGCACAUUCGAAAUUGAUAUUAAAUAAAAAAGUAACAUCCGAUGAUGUAAUAAAUAUUAUAUUGUUAGUUGAAUUGAGUUUACGAGGAUAUCAAAUAGCUAUUCGCACGAAUGCCAAUAAUAUAUUAAUAGCAAGAACAGGUAUAUUAGAAAAUUCUGCAUAUUUAUUACAAACAUAUAACAGUAAUUAUAAUACGUUCUAUUGCUUAGAUGACGUUUUGUUUGAUGAUUCUUUAUAUAUUUACUUUAAAAAUAUUAUUCUGGAAAAAUUACAUUUACAAGAAGAUAAUGGGAAAAUUCAUAAAAUGUUGUGA